GAUUCUUUUGGUCCAGUAGUUGCAUGUUACUAUGCGCUUGCAAAAAUCUGUCACAGCCCUCCUUUCGGUGCCUUGCCAACAGCAGCAAGCAGAGCGCGCAGCCCCACUUCUGUCGAUAAUCUGUCGCAUUGGAUUGGUGAGGGGAAUCGCUGUGAUUUAGAGCGCAGCUGUCAGCUAACCGCGGUCCCGCUGACAAGGAAUGCAAGACAAGCGAAGAGUAGUUUGUUGCUGGAGUUAAUAUCCAAGUUAUUUUGGGGGAUUUUGGGGGUUAUUUUGACCAGUCUGUGUGCUGGUUUUGCCGGAAAAAAGCCUCAGGAUGUGGCGCAGCCUUAGAUGCGCAAGCGGAGCUCCAGUGACAGAUAUUUUUUACGCGGGCACACCGAUCCAAGACGGUUUCACUUUCAAGACGGGAAUGCAUCAGAAACAGCUGGAACGUGACUUGACCCAAGCAAAAAAAAAAAAAAAAAAAAAAAAUCUGUAUCCUUUUGGGACCGUGUUCUCGUUUGUAGUUCGUUUUUGUUGUUGUUGUUGUUUUGUUUGUUUUUUUAUGUAGCGGCAUCCCCUCUGAGUGUGGGGCACGAUGGAGCAGCUGGAAGAGGAGCUUACGUGCCCAGUCUGCUGCGGUCUCUUCGAGGACCCGCGGGUGCUGCUGUGCUCGCACAGCUUUUGCAAGAAGUGCUUGGAGGGGCUGCUGGAGGGCAACCGGGGUCCGGCUUUCAGGACGCCUUUGAAAUGCCCCACGUGCCGCAAAGAGACCCCCCAUAACGGCGCGAGCAGCCUGCAGGUCAACUACUCUUUGCGCGGCAUCGUCGACAAGUUCAGCAAAAUUAAAGUGAUGCCUAAAAUGUCCGCUUGCAAGCAACACUGCGGGCAGCCGCUCAACAUAUUCUGCGCCACCGACCUGAGGCUCAUUUGCGGAAUCUGCGUGACCACCGACGAGCACAGAGGCCACGGCUUCAGCUCCCUGGAGGAGGCGUACGAGCGAGAGAAGGGGGCGUUCGGAGGCCUGCUCCAGGAGGCGGAGAGCUGGCAGAGCGCGGACACCCUGUCCUGCCUGGAGACGCUGCAAGCCAGCAAGAAAAAGGCGCUCCAGUCGGUGGGCAGGGACGCGGAGAAGGUGGCCGACUACUUCGACAAGCUCAUCGGAUCCCUCGAGUGCAAAAAGAGCGAGAUCCUCUCCGACUUCGAGACGCUAAAGCUGGUGGUGAUGCAGGCGUACGACCCGGAGAUCUCCAAGCUGAGCGCCGCGCUGGAGGAGCAGAGUCGCGCGCUCGGCCUGGCGGAGUCCGUCAGAGGCGUCUCCGACCCGCUGUGCUUCCUGCAGAACAUGCAGGAGUUCCGUGAGAAGAUCAAGGUCCUGAAGGAGACCGCGCUGCCCUCUCGGAAAGACAUGGACGUGGGGCCCCUUGUGCGUAAUUUCGAUGUGAAAAAGUGGGAUUCCCUCCGGCUCCGAGAAAUAGACAAGAUCUCAGUCCCGCACGAGAGUGGCGCCUACCAAACAGGUGGCUCUCGGAUGUCGUGGUCCAAAUGGAUCGUUUUGUCCCUGGCCUUCCUGUCAACACUACCCAUCAUUUUCCUGUCACCGCCGUACACUGCAAUCGAUGUGACCUCAAGAAUCCCAGCGCUGAUCACUGAAAGUGUCCCUUCCGCUACUCUGUACCUGCAGGAAAUCAGUGACAUGUGCGCAGGUCUGAUCGAAGCAGGUCAGGAACAUAUGAUGAGGUUCAUUUCAGAUCUGUCCACUACUUUCACUCACUACUUAUCCUAAUUCGUGCCGAAGAGAAGCGAAUGAAUGGAAACACCUAUACUUGUUUACAUUAUGCUAUUAUUUUUUAUUUUUUAACCUUUGGUCCUUUAUCAA